CAAAAUUCACCGACUUGUUGGCGGUCAACCGACAACUACUGGUCAAGUACCAUUGCAUAUACACUCCACAAAUGAACAUGACAUCGGAAUACAUUGCCAACGCCGUGGCUGCCGAAAGCGCAAUGGACGUCCCGGAAGCUCUAAUUCAAUAUGCACAAGCCAUCGCCGCCAUCAACUCCAACUUGGCUACGUGCAAAGACCCUGUACAGCGACGACAGCUGCAGGAAGCUGCAACCACGUGCCAGCAACACCUCCAAGCCUUGGCACGUUCCCAAGGCACCCGUCGUGACGUGGCGCAGCCACAACACCGCAACAGUGACCUGAAAGAUAUGGACGUGCUCCGCACCGCCAUGGGCGCGUCGACCACUGCCAGAAACGGACUGUCGCAAGCGGGGGGCGCCAAAGUUAUGAUGGGAAGUGCGGCUGCUGCUGCGGGAGUUGGCCUUGUCAUUGCUGGACCCGUGGGUAGCGUCCUCGGGGCCGCAGGGGGGGCUGUCAUGGCAGCCCAGGGCGGCACAUCCGGGGAGUUGGCGCGAGCGACGGGCCAGCUGGUCGCCGCGUCUUACGACAAGGCCAAGGCAGCGAAUGAAAGGUACCAUAUGACCGACAAGGUCAAGGCUGGCGUCGUGAAAGCCACGGCGACGGCCAAACACUUGGACGAUACGUAUCACAUCCAAGCCAAAGCGACCAGUUUGGCUCGCGGGGGGCUCGGACGGCUGUCGUCGUUCAACGACAAACACCACGUCACAGACCGAGUGGCCAAGAGUACGUUGAGUGGUCUGCAAGGGCUGACAAAAGCACUGGGAUCGCCUUCGAAAUCGUCACACGAGACCCACUAGCAAGGGUAGUAUGCGAAACAACCAAACUCCAAGUCAGUUGCUUAUACUUUCCA